AAGCCCUCCGGGGAGGGAGGCAGGAGGAGGAAGCUCCGGCUGAGGUAACGCCGCCAUCUUGGGCUCCGCCAUUGCCGGGCCUAGGCCAGGCCCCGCCGAUGGCCGCCAACAUCGGGGACCAGCGGGCGCCCGAGUGGGCCGGGCAGUACGGCGGGGCCCGGGAGGGGGCUCUGGAGCCGCCGGCCCAUGAGAACCCUGAGUGGGAGAAGGCGCGGCAGGCGCUGGCCAGCAUCAGCAAAGCGGCGGCUGCAGGAGGGAAGGGGGCGGCGGGCGGAGGAGCGCAGUACUCCUCAUCGCAGGGGGACCCCAACCUGCAGCAGCCGCCUUACUACCAGUGGUACCAGCCCUAUGGCAGCUACUACCCCUAUGGCUACUACUACCCUAUGGGUGUUUACUCGGGUUAUGGGGCAACAACGACGCCAACAACAGCGGCCUAUGGGGCAGGGGGGGGCUACACUGCGGCCCCCCAACAGCCCCCCCAGCAGAGUGGCCUUGGCCAGCAGCCGCCAGUGCCGGGGCUGGACGAAGCCCCCCCUAUGGCAGCCCCCAGCCCCAGCGCCCCCCAACCCCCCCCCGCAGCCCCCCCCACCCCACAGCACCCUCCCCAUGGGGGGGGCAGCAGCGGCUGCUCCAACGCCUGGCGGGGGGGCUCGGGGACCCCCCAAGCGGCAGCUGCGCCCCCCCCUUACUCCCCCCACGGCUACAGCAGCGAAGGGCCCGGCCCAAAGGGCAAGAAGGGGCAGCUCUGGAGCCGCAUGAAGCAGGCCCCUGGCUCGGGGGGGCUCAAGUUCCAGCUGCCCAAGCGCCCCUUUGUGCUGAGCGGCUCUGGAUUUGCACCCCCCCCCGAGCAGCAGCAGCAGCAGCGCGGGGCCCCCCCGGCCCCCCCCACAACCGCCUUUGCCUCCCAGCCCGGCUCUGACAAGCACCAUGGACAUGGUGGGAAGCCCGAGGACUGGCCCCAGGACAUGAAGGAGUACGUGCAGCGCUGCUUCACCGCCUGCGAGUCCGAGGAGGACAAGGACCGCACCGAGAAACUGCUCAAGGAAGUGCUCCAGGCCCGGCUCCAGGACGGAUCCGCCUUCACCAUCGACUGGAGCCGGGAGCCCCUGCCUGGCCUCUCCCGUGACGCCCCCUCCGGCAGCCCCAAGAAGCCCCCACCCCGUUGGGCCCCGGCCGGAGGCUCGGGGGGGUCCCAGCCCCCGCCAAGGCCGGGGGGGGUCCUGGGGGGGGCCCCCCCCCACCGCGGCGGCGCCGGCGCCGGCCGCUCCCGCGGGACCGCAUUCGGCACCAAGUUUGGGAACAGGAACGUGUUCUUGAAGGAGAACAGCUCCUCCUCCAGCGGCGCCUCCCGAUCCCGACGCUCCUCGUCCCGCUCCCCCGCGCGCCGCUUCCGACGCAGUGAUUCGGACUCGGAGAGCUCAGGAUCGGGCCCCGAGGGGCGCCCCGGGACCCGCCGGGGGCCCCCCAAGAGCCGAGGGGGCCGGGGGGGGCCGGUGGAGCGCGGCGGCCGCUUGCGGGUGCAGAGAGGGAAGAGGCCGGAGCCGGGUCCCGGGCGCCGUCCCCGCCGCCGGGCGCCGCUGGAGCCCGAGGACCCGGAGAAGGAGGCGAAGCGGCAGCGCCGGGCGGCGCGGUUCCAACCGGGGCCCGGCCGCCGCCUGCGCUCGGAGCCGCUGGUGCUGCCCCUGGGCGCCGCGGCCGAGCCCCCGGGACCCGGCCCCGCUCCCGACUGGAACCAGCUCCAGAUCCUGGGAACCUGCCAGGACGUCACCAAGCGCUACCUGCGGCUGACCUGCGCCCCCGACCCCGCCACCGUGCGGCCCGUGCCCGUGCUGGUGCGGGCGCUGGCGCUGGUGCGGACGCACUGGCAGCAGCACCAGGACUACGCCUUCGCCUGCGAGCAGCUCAAGUCCAUCCGGCAGGACCUGACGGUCCAGGGCGUCCGCACCGAGUUCACUGUUGAGGUCUAUGAGGCUCACGCCCGCAUUGCACUGGAGAAGGGUGACCACGAGGAGUUCAAUCAGUGCCAGACGCAGCUGAAGGCGCUUUACAGCGAGAACCUGCCCGGGAACCAGGGCGAGUUCACGGCCUACCGCAUCCUGUACUGCAUGUUCACGCGCAACUCGGGAGAGCUGACCCUGGAGCUCGCCGCCCUUCCCCCCUCCCUCCGCCAGGCGCCGCUCGUGGCCCAGGCGCUUUCCCUCCGCUCCUCGUGGGCCCUGGGCAAUUUCCGCCGCUUUUUCCGCCUGUACCGGGCGCUGCCCCCCUCCCCCGCGCGCCUCAUCGACCUCUUCAUCGAGCGCGAGCGGCGCGGGGCCCUGCGCGCCCUCCUGCGAGCCUUCCGGCCGACGCUGCCGGUGGCCGCGGUCGGGGCCGCGCUGGCCCUGGACACCGCCGAGAGCCGCCGCCGCUUCCUGGGGGCGCUGCCCCUCACCUACAGCGGCCCCGACGGCAGCGCCAUCGACUGCAAGCGGAGCCUCCCGGCGCUGCCCCCCUGCUGACUCCGCUGCCCCACGGCGCUGCCCCAUAGCG